AUGGACUCACUCACUGCGUUUCUUGCCGAGAAUAGUCAUAUUCAAUAUUCAAGCCCCGAUAGCCCCGACUUUGACGAUCUAAGCUCUAUAUUUGUGAUCAACGCGAUUAAAGAGCCAAGUAUGGUCGUCCGGCCCCGUUCGGCAGAGGAUAUUAGCGCUUUAGUAUCACUCUGCAUUGCCAAUAAUCUCCCUUUCACAAUUCGUGCAGGUGGACAUGACAUGUUUGGUCGGUGUCAGGUAAAUGAUGCUGUCACCAUUGACAUGCGUGAGAUUUCUCAUGUGCAUGUGGAUCACAAGUCGCAAACGGCUCGAGUGGGUGGAGGUGUGAUCUUUAUGAAGUUGGUCAAAGAACUGGAGAAGCACAAGAUGGCAGCUCCAACUCCGGUCACUCCAUCCGUGGGGUUUGUUGGCUGGGCACUUCACGGAGGGUAUGGGUUGUUAAGUAGCAAGUAUGGCCUCGGAGUGGACCAAAUUGUUGGUGCUACCGUCAUUAAUGCGCAUGGAGUCAUCCAAGAGGCCGAUGACAUGAUGUUAAGAGCCAUUCGCGGGGCUGGAGGGACAGUGGGGGUGAUUGCGGAACUACGAAUCAGGAUCUACCCGCUAGACCAGGUUCUUGCAGGGGCUAUCACGUAUCAACCCCAUGAUCUGAGUGUUACAAUUCAAAACUUCAAUGACAAGCUCCGCCAGGCCAAGAUGGAUGGCAUUCCCUCUGCACUUGGCAUGUACCAACUAGUCAACAACAGCGCGGUUGGUAAGACUUUGACUGUGAUUUUUGUAUGGGCGUCCUCCGAAUUUGAAGAUGGACAACGUUGGCUGUCCAAAGUUACUUCAUGGGCACCUGUGGCAGUCAAUGCGGUCCAUGCCACCACACUCACGGCCUUCAAUGAAGUGGCGAAUUCUAUGAUCCCAGAGAAAGUCUACGGGACAAUUUAUGCCCUUAUAUUCUACAGUCUCACUCCCGAAGUUGUAAAUGUCAUCAGAAAGCAUGCCCUGCUGCAGCCAAACAGUGCCGACGUGAUGUAUGGCAUUCAUGAACUUCGUGCAGAGGCGCCACAUUCAGCAGUGGGCUCUGUUUUUGAUUCAAGAUCUCCUCAUAUUACUAUCGAGAUUAUCCCGAUAUCCCAAUCGCCGGACAUAGUGCGUGAGAUGACGUGGGCUGAGAAUUUUCAUCUCGAACUUUCCCGAACAAACCCGGCAAAUGUUCCUCCUUUUUCCUAUAUUUCUUUGACACCUUCCAAUACUCUCAACAUGAAGGGGAUUUUCGGGAGUAAGUAUCAGGACCUUCUAAUGAUAAAGAAGAAGUGUGAUCCACUGAACAAGUUCAACAAUGCCUUGGUGCAGCUUUGA